UUGUGCUCAGCGAGGUCCCCCCGGAGCCACCAUGGGCCGACGCCCAGUGCAUUGUUACAGAUACUGCAAGAACAAGCCCUACCCCAAGUCCCGCUUCUGAAGGGGUGUCCCUGACCCCAAAAUCCGCAUCUUCGACCUUGGGAGGAAGAAGAUGAAGGUGGACGAGUUCACACUUUAUGGGCACAGGGUGUUGGAAGAGUACGAGCAGCUCAGCUCGGAGGCGCUGGAGGCCGCCCGCAUCUGUGCCAACAAGUACAUGGUGAAGAGCUGUGGCAAGGACGGGUUCCACAUCUGCGUGCGCCUGCACCCCUUCCACGUCAUCCACAUCAACAAGAUGCUUUCCUGCACCGGUGCCGACAGGCUGCAGACAGGGAUGUGUGGCACCUUCAGGAAGCCGCAGGGGACAGUGGCGUGGGUGCACAUCGGGCAGGUGAUCAUGUCCAUCUGCACCAAGGCCCAGAACAAGGAGCACAUGGUGGAGGCGCUGCACCGAGCCAAGUUCAAGUUCCCGGUGUGCCAGAAGAUCCACAUCUCCAAGAAGUGGGGAUUCACCAAGUUCAAUGCCGAUGCCUUCGAGGAGAUGGUGGAGAUGAUAGGACAAGGGGAAAUGGUUUAUAUUGCAAUGACAAAUGCAGAAAAGAUGGAGUACAUUGAAGCUGAAGGGCCUUCAGGAUGA